ACUAACAUCCCCACUGCGCGCAUCGGAGGAACUCGUCGUCGUCGUCUCCAUCUCUCCCUCCUCAGAUCUCACCACUCCCUACCGAUCCCCUCUCCCCCCCGGUUCUCCUCCCCUCCGCGAUCCCCGCGGUCGAGAUAGGCCCAAAACCCUAACCCCCCGCCCUCCUGGGUCGGCGCCCCCCGCCGCGCCUGAGGAGUGAGGACGCGGAGAUGGCCUUCAUGGCGGCGCUGGAGGCCGAUCUGCGCGCGCUCUCCGCCGAGGCUCGCCGCCGCCACCCCUCCGUCAAGGACGCCGCCGAGCACGCCAUACUCAAGCUCCGUUCUCUAUCUAGUCCGAUGGAAAUAGCUCAAAAUGAGGAUAUAUUGCGGAUGUUUCUGGUGGCAUGCAGUGUUAAAUCAGUGAAGCUGAGUGUAAUAGGACUAUCCUGUUUGCAAAAGCUUAUAUCUCAUGAUGCUGUAGCUUCUUCUGCAUUGAAGGAUAUACUGACUACUUUGAAGGAUCAUGCAGAGAUGACAGAUGAGAUUGUUCAACUUAAGACUUUGCAAACAAUUUUGAUUAUUUUUCAGUCGCACCUACAACCUGAAAGCGAGGUGAACAUGUCUCAAGCAUUUGACAUAUGCCUUCACCUACUUGAAAGCAACCGUUCUUCUGACAGUGUCCGCAACACGGCAGCAGCUACAUUUAGACAAGCAGUGGCAUUAGUCUUUGAUAAUGUUGUUCAUGCCGAAUCACUUCCCUCCAGUAAAGCUUCUUCAGCAAGACUCAGUUCACGCGCUAGCUCUGUUGCUGAUAAUGUCACUCGUAGCUUCAGCCACACACUGUCAUUAGGGAGGAACUCUGUGGAGCCUACCGUGAGGGAAAAACUGAGCAAUGUUGGCAAGCUUGGUCUCCGUUUACUUGAAGACCUGACAGCUCUUGCUGCAGGUGGAUCUGCUACGUGGCUUCGUGUUUAUUCAUUGCAUAGGACAUUUGCCCUUGACAUUCUUGAGUUUGUGCUAUCAACAUAUGUUUCUGUAUUCCGGGCAUUGUUACCUUACCAGCAGGUCUUGCGGCAUCAGAUAUGCUCGCUUCUUAUGACUUCACUCCGUACAAAUGUGGAACUUGAAGGUGAAGCAGGGGAACCUGCCUUCCGUCGUUUAGUCCUACGUUUGGUAGCUCAUGUCAUCAGACUGUACAGCUCUUCACUUGUUACUGAAAGCGAGGUUUUCCUUAAUAUGCUCGUAAAGGUUACUCGUCUGGACUUACCAUUAUGGCAUCAGAUACUCGUUCUUGAAAUUCUAAGGGGUUUUUGUAUAGAAGCCCACACACUGCGAUUGCUAUUUCAAACAUUUGACAUGAAUCCUACAAAUACUAAUGUGGUGGAGAAUAUAGUCAGAGCACUUGCUUUGGUGGUAGCCACUAUUCAGGCUUCAGACUUAAGUGAGGAGACUCUAGCAGCUGUUGCUGGAAUGUUCAGCAGUAAAGCUAAAGGGAUUGAGUGGAGCAUGGAUAACGAUGCAUCAAACGCUGCUGUUCUGGUGGCUAGUGAAGCACAUACCAUAACUCUGGCUCUUGAAGGCCUCUUAGGUGUAGUUUUCACUAUUGCCACUUUGACUGAUGAGGCUUUAGAUGUCGGCGAGCUUGAAUCGCCAAAAUGUGAAUUGGGUAGUACAGAAUGCUGUGGACAAUUGGCUCUACUUUGUGCGGCUAUGGUCAACUCAUCAUGGCUAACCAUCCUUGACUCUCUUUCACUUAUUUUGAUGAGGUCGCAGGGAGAGGCUAUAAUAUUAGAAAUACUUAAAGGGUACCAGGCAUUCACUCAGGCCUGUGGAGUUCUCCGUGCUAUAGAACCCUUAAACUCUUUUCUAGCAUCACUUUGCAAGUUUACCAUCAAUAACCCAAAUGAAGGGGAGAAGAGAAGCAUUGUACUCUCUCCUGGAUCAAAGAAGGUAGAGAUGUUAGUGGAUCAGCGUGAUAGUAUCAUUCUAACACCGAAAAAUGUGCAGGCCCUGAGGACACUUUUCAAUGUGGCACAUCGGUUACACAAUGUGCUUGGUCCUUCCUGGGUUUUGGUCUUGGAGACUCUUGCAGCACUUGAUAGAGCUAUCCAUUCACCACAUGCUUCAACCCAGGAAGUGUCUGCUUCUGUUUCAAGACUCUCAAGAGAUACAUCUGGACAGUACAGUGACUUCCAUAUUCUCUCAUCUUUAAAUUCUCAGUUAUUUGAAAGUUCAGCCUUGAUGAACAUAGCUGCAGUGAAGUCACUUUUGUCUGCGUUGCAUCAACUGUCAAGUCAGCACAUAUCAGGAAAUUCUCAAUUAUCGGGACAACAAAUUGGGAGUGUUACAUUUUCAGUGGAGCGCAUGACGUCAAUACUUGUCAAUAAUCUGCACCGAGUUGAACCAAUUUGGGACCAAAUUGCUGCUCAUCAUCUUGAGCUUGCCAAUUGCUCCAACGCACAACUACGGAAUAUGGCGCUGGAAUCUUUAGAUCAUUCAAUCUGUUCUGUAGUGGGUUCUGAAAAAUUUCAGGGCAUCAGUUCAGCUCCUCAUCAUUUUCAAGAGGAAAAAUUGCUCAAAGAAAGCGAAACUGUAUCAUUUGAGUAUGCUGUUUUAUCUCCAUUGGUGAUCCUCUAUUCCUCCAACAAGAAUAUUGAUGUUCAAAUGGGUGCACUUAAAAUACUACUGCAUGUUCUUGAGAGACAUGGAGAAAAACUGUCCUAUAGCUGGCCUAGCAUUCUUCAUAUGUUGAGGGCUGUUACUGACGCAUCAGAAAAAGAUCUUAUCUCCUUGGGUUUUCAGAGUAUACGUGUGAUAAUGAAUGAAGGAUUGGCAACCAUUCCUGUGCAAUGCCUUGAUGAAUGCAUUUUGGUAACCGGAGCUUAUGGCACCCAGAAAACUGACAUAAACAUAAGUUUAACAGCAGUUGGCCUUUUGUGGACUGCUACUGACUUUGUUGUGAAGGGAUUAAUAAGCAAAUCUGCUGAGAAAGCAAAUGGCAUGGAUGAAGAAGCUGAGUCUGGUGGAACAGUGAAAGAGGAAGCGCUAUCUUCCAGUGAGAAAGACAUCAAACAAAGUCCUCUAAAAAGUGUGGUUGAUUAUAAUAAACUUUUCUUCUCAGUGUUUUCUGUGCUUCAAAAACUGGGCGCGGAUGAUCGUCCUGAGGUUCGGAACUCUGCAGUCCGGACUCUCUUUCAGACACUCAGCACCCAUGGGCAAAAACUUUCGAAAACCAUGUGGGAGGAUUGUCUCUGGAUAUAUGUUUUCCCUAUGUUAGAGCGUGUUUCUCACUUGGCAUCUACUUCGUCUAGAGAUGAGUGGCAAGGAAAGGAACUUGGAACUCGAGCAGGGAAAGCUGUUCAUAUGCUUAUCCACCACAGUCGAAAUACAGCACAAAAACAAUGGGAUGAAACUAUCGUUCUUGUACUAGGUGGCAUAGCACGACUUUUGCGUUCCUUUUUCCCUUUCCUCCAGCAAUUGAGCAAAUUUUCUUCUGGUUGGGUGCUUUUGCUUGAUUUUGUCAAAAAUGGUAUCCUAAAUGGUAGCAAGGAGGUCGCUCUUGCAGCUAUAAAUUGUUUGCAGACGUUUGUUGGCUCAAACUGUUCAAAGGGCAAUCUAGAAUCCUCCUAUGUCAAAUCUGUUCUUGAUAUUUAUGAACUUGUUCUUCAAACUUCGCCAAAUUAUAAGAAUGACUCUGCUGAUAAAGUGAAGCAAGAGGUUCUUCGUGGUCUUGGAGAUCUCUAUGUUCAAGCACAAUCUCUGUUUAAUGAUGAAAUGUAUCUAAGGCUCAUGGCCGUUAUGCAUCUGAUGAUUAAGAGUUCCAUGAAUCCUACAGAUUACGAUAAUGAAUUGGGUAGUAUCCCUGCUCUGCAACGAGGUAUCUUGGAAAUUAUUCCUAUGCUACGUCCAACAACUAUGUUAUCUUCAAUGUGGUCACCUCUCCUCCUCGAACUACUGUGCUACCUUAAUAGCCAUGAUACUCCCCUGCAGAAACAGGGUAAAGAGAUGCAUGAACAGAAAUCUGAUGCAGCAAAUGGUGCAACACAUGGUUUUCUUGAACGGAGUCAUCUCAAUAACAGCAGCACAAAAAUGGAUAAUGCAGUGGGCUGUGGCUGGGGUAUUAUGUUCAUAGAAAAGCUUGUGCCGAUUGUUGUCAACCUAUUUCUGGAGGCUCCACAGAAUGAAAGGUUUAAUUCCUCUCCGGAAGUUAUUCGAUGUCUUGGAAGGUGCAUGAACACAAGGAGAGACAAUCCAAAGGGUACACUUUGGAGAGUUUCUGCUGAAUGCUUCAAUCGUGUUUUGGUAGAUGAAGUGACACAUGACAGCGCUGAUUGUAAAAGCGGCAUGAGUUCAUAUAAAUUUUCUAGAGCUCGUUUCUGGAAGGAGGUUGCAGAUGUGUAUGAAACCUUUCUUGUUGGAUCUUGUGGACGUGUGCUGUCGUCAGAUGUUCCUUCGGUUGACUCUGUUACUGCUGAUGAGACUCUUGAGAUGGCUGUACUCACUGUUUUUGGAGACAACGUUCUGAAAUUGCAGAAGGAUGCUCCUGUUGAGGUAUUACAAAGACUUGUGAACUGCCUUGAUCACUGUGCAUCACGAACAGGAUCCUUGCCUCUUCAAACCGUUGGCCUUGUACCUUUGCACUGCAGCAGAUUUUCACUGAGCUGCUUGCAGAUGAUGUUUUCUUUAUGCUGUUGUACAUCGGGGACAAGCUUAUGUGCUACAGUAUCAGAAACCAGCAAAGUAUCGAUCUCAGUUCUUACGAAGCGGUGUGAGAUUAUACUGGGUCAGUUUUUAGCUGAUGAAAAUGAUCUAGGAGAAGGACCAUUGCCUAGUGUAAGGAUUGAUGAGACAAUUUGUGUUCUACAAGAACUCGCUAGACUAAUAAUAAACAUGGAAACAGCUAAUGCCCUCAGCAUGCCAUUAUAUCUAAAAGAAGCUUUAGAGAAGAAUGAGUCCCAUGGACGGGCUCAUUUAUUGGCUUUGCUACCAACCUUUUCUGAGCUUGUUGUCUCAAGAGAAGCUAGGGUACGGGAGCUUGUACAGGUUCUGCUCAGACUCAUUGCCUCGGAACUAGGACUGCAACGUCUAACGUAACGAUGAGUGGUGUAAUCCUCCCUUAUAUUAUUUUUAUUGCAUAGAAUUAUAGAGUUUUGCUGGUAAAUUUUCCCUUUUUGCUUCUACAUUGCGACGGGCAAUUUUGUGCUUACGAGAAAGGUUGUAUAUGUAACAUUUUGUUGGGAAAUAUGGUGGUUCGUUUUAGUCAGCAGGUAGAUAGCUUCUUUUUUGUUAUAUUUUGACGUAGAUCACUCCUGUAAAUUAUGCCAAUUCCUUGUACUCUGUAUCUGAAUUGAGUUUGUAAUUUUAACACACAUGGUGCGCAUGAGGUGCAAGCAUGCGGGCAGCUGGAAAUUCGAUGUAUAUUUUGUUCGUAUGUGU